CCCUUGGAAACAAAACCUGUCAUCAUGGUACCCCGGAAACACCCAUGACAAUUUAUUUCCAAAAUCCUUAGCCAGAGAAAAACAAACAGAUCAGACGAUCAUCUGUAACGGUGCUGUGUGUGUGUCUUUCUAGGCCUACGUUUUGGGAAGUUUGUUUUUAAAGUAUGGUAAGCCGAUUGUCCUUAUUUAGUUUCAAAAGGACUGCCAGAGCUGUCUUGCUUGAAGGGGAGGAAGAGGCUCCAAGUUUUGCAGCUUUGGUAAAACAAUUUAAAAGGAGACUUGGAAAAACCAGAUUAGAAAGAUGGCUAGCAGAUUUUAAAAAAGACAAAUCUCUUGAAGACAUAUUUGCUUUGCUGUGGAAUGAUGAGGAUGCUCAUUGCUACAUGUCUCCAGUUCUGGGUAAUGGUGGAAAGGAUUCAAUCAAAUCAGCAAAGCUUCACAAAGUAGCGGAUUCAUUCUACAAGGUUGGCGACCGAGAAAAGGCUUAUGAUUAUUUUAAUCUUAGCCUUAUUUUGGCUCCUCAUCCAAGAGUAGCCCCACCUUACGGUUGGUUUUGUGAAGUCUCUGAAGAACCUGACGAAGAACCUGAUGUAGACAAUAGUACUGGAGGUAAUAAAGAUCCAGAGAAUAAAAGAGUAGACCAAAGUGGAACUUCUACGGCAGAUGGUGGAGGUGACUCUGACCAUACUAAGGGAUCUGGGAAUUCGGAGAUGAAAAGAGGAAGUAAAAUUUGUGUUGAUAAACUUGUGCAAAGAAAUAUAGAGGACAGCAGUGGAGUGGCUUCUGAAUGUGUUUUUGAACCAAUGAAGUUAGAAGAGAGUAGAAGUAUGCUUGGAGGUAGCACAGUGGUAAAAGAUGAAGGAAAGGAAGGGGUUAGGGUAAUAGAUAAUUCAUUUGGAAAGCAAGAGAUAGUGGAGAGAGAAGUACAAGCAGAAAAUAUUGUGUCAAUUAUAGUUUCUGCAGUUAGAGACAAAGAAGUGGAAGUUGGUGAAAGAAAGAGUUCUGAUUGGGAAGAUGAUCCUAAAGACCAAGAAGUAAAGAAAGACCCGUAUGAGACAUCUGGAAAGAAAGUACCUGGAAAUGUUGGAAAUGGCAGUGAUUCAAGGGAUGAAACGACUUUUAAGUGCAUAGAGGAAAAAGAAACUGGUCAUUCCUCUGAAAGCCAGACAAUGAGUUCACCAAAAUUAGAAACAGACCUUCAAAAGGAAAGGAGUCCUGCUGUUAGAAUGAAAGCCUCUGCUUCCAUAGCUGAAAGUAGAUCAGCAGAGGAAGAGAGCAAAAGUGAUCAAGCUGCAGUUGAUGAAAGUCUUGAAGAAGUGUGCGAUCAGCUUAUGACCAGUUUCAGUGAUAAAGACCUCAAUGAAAAAGCAAGUUUGUUAGGAAGCUCAAUCUGUUUGUAUGCAGACUUGGUAACAGGAUUAGAAAUGAGGGCUUUAUUGAUGUUUAAAUUCCGAGAAUUUGAAAGAAGUAUAACUGCUAUUGAUUUAGCCAUUAGAUAUGGAAGUACUGGUAUAUUUCUGAAAGGAAUUAAGGCACUCAGAGUGAGAUGCGAAGAAUUCCUCGGUAAAGGCUUGAAACCGAAGAGCAAAGACAAGCUGGCCCAAUUUUUAUGUGGCUGUCAGCCUACUCCAGUUAUAAAAGAAGCCAAUCCUAAAAUACCUGCCUUGAGUGCUUCAGUCAAAUGUAAAUAUACCCACUUUGGAGGGAAGUUCUUAGUGGCAGCACAAGACAUAAGGCCUGGUGAUAUUUUAGGUGUAGAGGAGCCAUACUGCAGCAUAGUCAAUAGAGGAGAAUUAAUGAAUUUCUGUGCCAAUUGUUUACAGCGAUGCUGCACUCCAAUUCCGUGCCCAGAUUGUUCUGUGGUGGUAUUUUGUAGUGAAGACUGCAGAAUGAAAAAUUGGAAACAUCCCCAUUGGCCUUUGUGUAAUGUUGUGUUGCCCUCAUUGGUUGCCAUGAAAAUGGAUAGUAUUGUCAUGUUGGCUGCCCAUGUCCUUACCCAGACCACUUUCCUGAAGGCUAAGGAAAUGGCAGAGGAGCUCAAAAAUGAAGAGAGACUUCCAGGACAACUCCAGGGUUUCAAUCAAGAUGGAAUUUUCAAGUCAUCAGAUUACAGAAGUGUGUACCAUCUUGUAACAAAUGAAGAAAAGAGGUCGGAAGAGGAGCGCUUUAUUGCUAGUGCAGAAGCAUUUGCUUUAACCAAGCUUUUGAAAGAAAGCAACAGGUACUUCAUUGAUGAGUGUGGGAGGCCUUUUACUCCCACAUACGAGGAUAUGUUGUUGACCGGAUCUCUUGUCGUUCGUCAUUUGAUGAAUCUUAAGUGUUCGGCCAUUGCUCUGUCUGAAUUCAGGGUUGUCACAAGUGAUUACGAUAAAAGCUGGAGUUCACGUUUUGGAUGCGGUGUGUAUCCUACCAUCAGCAUAGCAAAGCAUUCCUGUAAUCCAAAUGCUGCAUUGUACAAUCAUGGUAAAACAGUGGUUAUGUUUGCUACUCGCUCUAUUCCCAAGAACACUCCCAUAACUUUGAGUUAUGUUACACAGUUCAGACUUACUGGGACAGAUGUGAGAAGGUCAAUACUAGAAGACAACUACUACUUUAGGUGCAGUUGUGAAGCCUGUGAAAAUGAUUGGUUCCCAGACUUUGAUGAAAUUUUUGAGUUGAAGUGUUUCAAGUGUAGUAAGGCUAUUGAUCUCAAGACAGGGUCCUGCCCUGGAUGUCAGAUAUAUUAUAGGGAAGGAAAAGAGUACAAAGGAUCAGAAAAGGCUCCGUACAAUUUCUUCCUGGUGAAAGACAAACUAUAUCAAGCAGCUUCGAUCUGCAAGAAGACAAAAUCGAAGAUGUUAAGUAAAGGGGAUUGCUCUGGGAAGAAUCGAACCAGUAUUGUUAAUGCGAUUGAACUGAUGGAGAAAUAUGUGAAAGAGCCUUGUUCUAUGCUGCUAGAUGCUCAAGAAGCACUAAGAAUUAGUUAUUUACGAGAGGGGUCUUGGUUCCAAGUAAAGGAACACACCAGAGGAUGGAUUGUGGGACCUCAAUUCCUGAUUAAUUCUUCGUUAACAGGCAAAGAUGACGUUCAUUUUGAAUCUUACAGUGAAACACCACUCGAGAAUACCCCGAGACGCAAAGGCCGUGGGUCAAAACAUCACCAAGAGAGUGAUAGUACUUUACUAGAAAUACCUCCACCGCCAUAUGUACCCAUUUUGAACAGAAAUGAGGAGAGUGCAAGUUCUGAUCUAGACCUUGAUUGAUUAGUGAAUAGUCAUUUAGUAACAUUUUUAAGAGAUAAAAAAUAAAAUGUUUACUAGUUAUUGUGAAAUUGCUGGUUUAAGUUAGUCUUGUAACUUUUUAACUUUCAUUUUAUAAUUUUAAGCAUUUGAUUAUGCAUUUUUACAAGUUUUAAAAAUGGUUAAUUUUUAGCUUUUGUAUUGUAUGGAUUUCUAUAGAAGUCCUUUUAAAAACAUUGUAUACUUUUUUCUUAAAAAAUGCAUAUUAAUUUCAGUA